ACGCUGCGCCUGUGCCCGGUGUUCUUUCACCGCACCACAACAAACAGUGCAGCGGCAUUACACUGUCAGCUCCUCCUCAGUUGGUGUCACCAGAUCUCCGAGUGUCAGCAGCCUCGCGGCUUCCAAGCAUGUCUCUGUCCGGCGCUCAGACCACCGAGGACGGACUCUGUGGCUCCUGGGUCGAGCUGGAGGAGCUGAUCGCAGCAGUGAGCCGCCGGGAGAGUCUCACAGGGCAGCAAGACACCAUCUCCUCCGCCCUGCAGGGGGAGCUGGAGAGAAUCCUUCUGGAGGCACAGCUGGAGUGUGAGAGGAUUCGAGAUAGCCCCCCACAGGUGGCCACUCCAAAAUCUUCGGGAUCCCCGCGGUCAUCAAGUGAACACGACAGCGACUGCAUCACCAUCCAGGAGGACAACGAGCGACGACUGGACACCGACUGGGUGUGGGACUGGUCCAGUAGACCUGAAAACAUGCCGCCAAAAGAGUUUGUGUUUCAGCACCCGAAGCAGCAGAGCUCGCUCAGCGUCAGGAAGACAGAGGUAAUGAAGAGAGGGAUCUUCUCCUCAGAUGUGCUCCUCAUCCUCGUUCCCUCACUGCUGGCUUCACAUCUCCUCACGCUCGGAGUCGGGAUCUACAUAGGAAAACGUUUGGCUGCUUCAACAACCAGCACACUGUGAGUCCGUGUCCAGGACGGUAGAGGUUUUGUCUGAGCAGUGUGGUCCAGUCCAUUGCACCGCCCCUGUGUGUCAUUGUUGUGGGGCGACGAUAGUGCGUUGUUUGUGUCUAUUCUCUUAUUUGUGUCAGUCCAUCCAUGUUAGAGUCAGCGGCGGUCCAAGCAGAAUGGUGAUAUUCCCGAGCAGACUUGAAAUGGUCUUCAGAGAGUGCGUGGUAGCACUUUACCUAAGCUGUGACACCAUCUACAUGUCCUUCAUUUCUUUGUUAAAGAAAGAAUGUGUUUUUAAUGUCUCUGUUAGUCACGAGAAUGUAGACGAGAGUCUGGUUGUGCUUUUGUCCCAUAAACAAUGAAGUGUUUGACCUUCAACGAAGACAAUCGUGUUCUCAUUAAAAGUGUCACCUGGAAAUGCUGA